AUGCUUUUGGUUGUAACGAUCAUAUUCGCUGUCUGUAACACGCUGCCUUUCAUAUUGAACGUCGUUGAGAGCGUGUUUCCGGAUAUUUUCGUCGAUCCGCGAACCACUCACAUCGCCUACACUGUCAAUGACCUCUCGAAUUUGCUGGUUGUGUUGAACUCGGCCACAACUUUCGUGGUUUAUUUCAUAUUCUCUGAAAAAUAUCGACAAACAUUUGUCUUCAUAAUAAAGUACGGUAUCUAA